GUGGGCGGGGUGGACAUGACGCUGUUGUAUAUAAGGCGGCGGCGACCAGAAACAGGCGCCACAUCUCCCAGUGAGUGACAUCAGCCAUGCACGCUCUGUUUCUUCUCUCCCUGUUUUUGGCGGCUCAAGCGGCGCCGCUCGCCGUACUUGAUGGCGAAGUAGCUGUCGACACGGAGAUUCAACCAGCCGAAGUUGCUAGUCCAGCGGAGAAUGGAGCUGAACCAACGGAAGCAGUCCUGGAAGGUGAAUCUGCUGCCGGGGAAGUAAACUUGACUCCGGUAGUUGAAGAGGCUGUCACAACUGAGGAGGCUAUUCUUCCUGAAGAGACUACCCCAGUUGAAGAAGCUGCCCUAGUUGAAGAAGCUGCCCUAGUUGAAGAAGCUGCCCUAGUUGAAGAAGCUGCUCAAGUUGAAGAAGCUGCCCUAGUUGAAGAGACUGUUCCAGUUGAAGAAGCUGCCUUAGUUGAAGAGACUGCUCAAGUUGAAGAAGCUGCCGCAGUUGAAGAAGCUGCCCCAGCUGAAGAAGCUGCCGUAGUUGAAUUGGCUGCCCCAGCUGAAGAAGCUGCCCCAGUUGAAGAAGCUGCCGUAGUUGAAGAAGCUGCCCCAGCUGAAGAAGCUGCCCCAGUUGAAGAAGCUGCCCCAGUUGAAUUGGCUGCCCCAGCUGAAGAAGCUGCCCCAGUUGAAGAAGCUGCCCUAGUUGAAGAGACUGCUCAAGUUGAAGAAGCUGCCGCAGUUGAAGAAGCUGCCCCAGCUGAAGAAGCUGCCCCAGUUGAAUUGGCUGCCCCAGCUGAAGAAGCUGCCCCAGUUGAAGAAGCUGCCCCAGUUGAAUUGGCUGCCCCAGCUGAAGAAGCUGCCCCAGUUGAAGAAGCUGCCCCAGUUGAAUUGGCUGCCCCAGCUGAAGAAACCGCCCCAGUUGAAGAAACUGCCCCAGUUGAAGUGGCUACCCCAGUUGAAUUGGUUGCCCCCGAGGUCGAGGCUUCCCCAGUUGAUCAAGCUGUAGAAGCAUCGAAUGUGGUACACACAGAGCCCGUCGCCUUCCCUGUGGGAGCUCCGGUCAUCACCAAGUCAAGUCCUGCAGCACCAUCAAACCUGGUAGACCCCUUGGCUGAGGUGGACCCUCGUUUCCGGUCCUUCAUUUACCCCAACGACGCCCCUCACAUCGUAGCUGCCAAGGUCGUGUUCUUCCGCCACCACGCCUCCCGCCUCCCACCUCUCGUUCCUGCUGUGUAAACAUUUUAGCUUGGAUUCUUUUGAGAUGCAUUCAGUGGUAAGUUAUUUGUAUAAACUUUAGUACUGUGUAUAUAUACAUAUAUAUACAAAUACAGUAUGUAUAUAUGUUCUGAGAAAAAUCUAAACACGUGAUUUGGCCAUGCAAAGAACCGCAUUGAGAGCAAUGUUAGUUUAACUCUUACAAAGCUAAAUUGUUAUUGUUUUCUUGUGUGGCUCUGCGUAUGCGUCAAUGUUGAACCCCUAACAAUGUUCACUUAACCAUCUGCAGCCUCAUAUGUUAUAGAAGAUAAAUGUGAAAAAUUUGUGCAAUGUAAUAUUGUACAUUAGUCCGUUGCAGGCCUCAUGGACCCGAUAAUACUGUAUUAGGUAAAAACAGGGCAUUUUUAUUUUUAUAAGUUUGCUUUCUUGGUAUAAAUGGGACAAAAAAAAAAGGUUAACAUAUUUAAAAUUUUAUUUAAAUUUCAGAGUGGUGAUUUUGUCAUUGUAUAUAUAUCCCAUUCACGAUUUUUGUAAAUACUGUAGGUGGAAAACAACAGGGUAUUGUCGAUUGCGUGUUAACUAGUAUUGCUCAUCUAGUCGUAGUACGAUGGUAGGGGGCCCCCCGAGUCCUGGCGUGGCUGCCCGCACACCAGACAGUGGUGGAGUACAAGAGUAUGACAAGUCCAUCAGAUUAAGUCAUCAGUCACAGCAUCAUAUAGUUAUCAUUAGUCUUUGUGAUGCCAGACAACCGUGUAACAUUUGUACAUAGCUUGGGGAUCUUGGCAAACCUGGCCUCUUAUCAUCUCAAACUGCUCAAUAUUUCUGGAUUUUUGUCUUCUUUUUCUUCUUCUUGUGCUGGAAGCGAGAACUUCACAAAGAGACUGGUGAGUUGCGUGAGCAUUUCGGAGCUCCUCACGGGGAGGCCGGUGCUCCCAGCUCCACACCGCUGGGAGGUGGUCACUAGUGCUUAUAGAACUCUUGCUCAAAAUUAACUAAAAUCUUUCUCAGCAUUUAAUGAAAUGUUCUAAAGAGUAUCUUAUUUUUAGAUUUAUGGAGCAUUCACAAAAUGCACUCAAAGGCAAUAUUUUUCCAGCUUUGUAAAUGAAUAGAAAUUGUAAACAGGGCUACCUAUGCCUUAGUGUACAAAUUUCCAUUCCGUAUAGACGGUUGGAUUUGUGUUUGUCUUCGUAUUUGAAAGAUAUAACAGAGUAUUAAUUUAAAAAUAAAGUCCUAAUUAGUAUACAA